AUGGACACUAAUGAUGACGCUGAUGAAGACCAUCUCACAAGUUAUGAUAUUCAGCUCAGUAUUCAAGAAUCCAUUGAAGCCGGCAAGACCGCUUUUUAUCCUGAAAGAUUUGUACCCCUAAGUGAUCAAAACAGAAAACUUGUGGAGGCCAUAAAGCAAGGUCACAUUCUUGAGCUCCAGGACUAUGUGAAAUAUAAAUAUGCAUUGGAUGAAGCUGAUGAAAAAGGAUGGUUCCCAUUGCAUGAGGCUGUUGUUCAACCCAUUCAGCAAAUACUUGAAAUUGUUCUGGAUGCAUCCUAUAAGACAAUCUGGGAAUUCAAAACCUGUGAUGGAGAAACACCCUUGACUUUGGCAGUCAGAGCUGGUCUGGUGGAAAAUGUAAGAACUUUACUGGAAAAGGGAGUGUGUCCCAACACCAAAAAUGACAAAGGAGAGACACCCCUUCUGAUUGCUGUAAAGGAGGGCUCCUAUGACAUGGUAUCUGCUCUGAUUAAAUAUAACACCAGCCUCGACCAGCCCUGUGUCAAGCAGUGGUCAGCCAUGCAUGAAGCAGCUAAACAAGGCCGCAAAGAUAUCAUUGCUUUGCUCUUAAACCAUGGAGGUAAUGUCCAUCUGAGGAACGGAUUUGGAGUCACACCGUUAGGUGUUGCUGCUGAAUAUGGUCACUGUGAUGUGUUAGAACACCUAAUCCACAAAGGUGGUGAUGUGUUUGCUUUGGCGGAUGAUGGGGCAUCAGUUCUGUUUGAGGCAGCGGGAGGAGGCAAUCCUGACUGCAUUUCCCUCCUGCUGGAAUAUGGAGGAAGUGGGAAUGUACCUAACAGAGCAGGGCAUCUUCCCAUACACCGAGCUGCCUACGAGGGACAUUAUCUUGUGCUGAAAUAUCUUAUCCCAGUAACAUCCAAAAAUGCAAUCCGGAAAAGUGGACUAACACCAGUUCACUCAGCAGCAGAUGGACAAAAUGUACAGUGUCUAGAGCUACUCAUUGAAGCUGGUUUUGAUGUCAACACUCUGCUUGCUGACCAUAUUUCCGAGAGUUAUGACGACAGGAGGAAGACUGCACUAUAUUUUGCCGUUUCUAAUAAUGAUAUCCAUUGCACGGAAGUACUUCUGGCUGCAGGUGCAGAUCCAAACCUAGAUCCCCUCAGCUGUCUCCUUGUAGCAGUGAGGGCCAAUAAUCAUGAAAUUGUCAUGCUGCUUCUCUCACAUGGAGCUAAUGUUAAUUGUUAUUUUAUGCAUGUGAAUGACACUCGUUUCCCCAGUGCCAUUCAGUAUGCCCUAAAUGAUGAAGUAAUGCUCAGGCUAUUGCUGAAUAAUGGCUACCAAGUGGAGAUGUGCUUUGAAUGUAUGCACGGGGACAUCUUUGGAAACUCUUUUAUGUGGUCAGAGAUAGAGGAAGAGGUCCUGCCGGGAUGGACGUCUUGUGUAAUAAAAGAUAAUCCGUUCUGUGAGUUUAUUACAGUUCCUUGGAUGAAACAUUUGGUAGGCAGUGUUAUUCGAAUAUUAAUAGAUUAUGUGGAUUACGUCCCUCUGUGUGCUAAAUUGAAGUCUGCACUAGAAGUACAGAAAGAAUGGCCGGAAAUCCGUCAAAUACUAGAGAAUCCUUGUUCAUUAAAACAUUUGUGCCGGUUAAAAAUUCGAAGACUUAUGGGACUCCAGCGACUCUGCCAGCCAAAGUCGAUGGAGAAGCUUCCUCUACCACCAACUAUCCGAAGAUACAUAUUAUUUAAAGAGUAUGACCUGUAUGGUCAACAGCUAAAAUUGCCAUAA